AUGAUUUCCCAUCUCUUGACAAAUAUCCCAAGUGAGGUGGGAUAUCGCAGUUCUGUUACUGGAUUGGGAUCUUUUGUGAAUCUUGCUGGUGGUGAGGAAUUGUGUGUGAUGCCUCCUUCUAUUCGUUCGAUUGCUCAAACCUCUUCGGUUCUUGAAAUUCUUUUUGAUUACUCGUUUCCUGUCAAUUACUCAAGUUCCUUCUUUGGUUCGAAUUCCUUCGAAUCCUCCUUCUAUGAAUAA